UAUAAUUUUUUUUAAAUCAAUUCUCAGCUGACAGCAUACUUUCAUUAUGCUAACUGGCUGCUUUUUUUCGCCAGACACUUUUCCAGUCAGUUUGCAACAUUUGUCCGGCCCAGAGUGCCACGAAUUGGUUCAAGCCAGUCCAAAGCCGACUUUUUCUCAAAAUAUGCUUACAAUAACAAAAAGACUAUAAUAAAUUAACCAAUUGAUAUCAAUAAAAACUAAAAGUACAGAGCUAUUGAAAUAAAAACAAAAAGGAGAAUCGAAUCAAGUUGAUAUCAAAAUGCGCGCUGUAUAUGACUUGUUGCUGAGCAACGCCUUUGAUCCCAGUAUGGUGCUCCAGAAUCACAACACCGUGGUGGCCCGCUCCACCUUAACCCCGAACAGCAGCAGCCAAAACUUUGGCUCCCACUCGGCGGGCCAUGGCUCGGGAGCCUCGGGACGUAGUCCCUUGAACGGCGGACCCAGUACUCAGCGUCCCAUUGUGGAUCUCCUGGUGGCAAUGGUGGCUGUGCCUGUCCUCAUCCUGUGCGCCCUCCAGCUGGAGAAGAAUCUUCGGGAUGAGGAAUCGCGUUGGCUGGUCUUUGCCCUCGGCAUUGGAAUGCUAAUCAUCUGUGUGAUCAUCUGCGGUUAUGUGACCCACCGCAUGGGAGUCUGUAUUUGGGCGGGACCCAUUGAUGAGGCGGGAAACAGAGCCGGCAGCGGAAAUAUACCACAUAUCAACUCCCAGAACGAUGUUUUGCGCAUUGUGGACUCACUGCCGCCGAGUUAUGAUAGUGUGGUUAAGUGUGAACUGCCACCGCCGGCCUACGACUGCCUGGUUAUAGAUUUGGAUCUGGUUAAGGAUCUGGAACCGCCACAGACUUCGGCCAAGUCAUGUGCCGGCAGUUCCACUUCCAUACCAGGAGCCACUCUGCAUAUUUAAGAAUGAAGCAGGAUUAGGAGGAGAGAGAAUCUAGAGAUUUUUCCAAAAAAAAAAAACAAAAACAUUAAAAAGCAGGCAGCACAAUGGAUUUUCUGUACUUGAACUUUUUUUUUUUUUAAAUCAAAGAAUUAAAGACCUCUGGGUUAUGGGAGAGAUAUAAAAAAAAGGAAAUAAUUGUAUUUAGUCUCAAGUUUAAUCUCAAAA